UUGCCUCCGUCGUGCGCUCGCCUGUGUGGGGGUCGUCCUUCACUGCCGCGCAAUGGGUGCGUGCUACUCUUAUUUAGUUCUGCACCAUCGCUGACCAUGCCCUUGCUCUUGCUUACACUGAUCUCGGCGUCAACCUCCGCUGCUUGUUGGAUCAUUCCUGCUGAUUGUCGAACUUGUGUCUGGGGUCCUUUGGUGCGUCCUCUUACCUAUGCUGCCCUGCGCUGUACUCAUUAUCACGCUAGCUGGCUCCCUGGGCACCCGCGGCAUUGGCGAGUCACGGCUCCAUCGCUUCCGGCAGUGCAUCGACCACGGCAAGGGGUUGGCCAUGCUGUUCGCCCUCCGCGGGCGCUGUAUCGGCCUCCCCGUCAUUAUCUUUGCAGCACAUCCUCGACGGGACCACUCGUCGCAUCGAUCGACGUAGGCUGCUCGUGCCCGCGUCGGCUUAUCCACGUCCCAACAUGGACAAUGUUUACAUCCCGAAGCAGCCCUGGCGCGAUCCUGCUUGGCGUGCGCACCCGUGGACAUCCUACAACUUGCCGCGACGCUAGCGCGUCGCCGAUACCUCGUCGACCGCGUUGGCGCCCACAUCGCGGCGGUUGCGGAGGAGCCGGCGACGCGCCAGGACUCCACCACACCCGUUUGGAAUGUCAGACUGAGGUCGUCAGACAUCAUUCCGUCCUCAGCGCCUUACGCGUCCGGAGACUGCAAUGUCCGAGGCGCGGCCCGCAUCUUGUCGGUCGGGUCUUCGUGCGCCACCAUGACGAUGCACCGUCAUCUCAUCCAACGUCGACUGCGUAACCGCCCCCCCCGUCGUCGCACGCGCUCGCCACACAUGCCCCUAGACCCUCCCAACAACGCAGACGUCAUAGUGCGUCGUUGCGAGGCCUAUGGAAAGUGCACGUGGUAAUUGUACACGCUUGGCUCUAUGACAAUGUGAAUACAUUCC